UGUAUUUAAAGCAAAUGAAUGUAUCUUAGCUGCAAGUUUGAUUAAUUAGUUUGUUUUCACAAUGCUUUCAAAGUUGUUUUUCAUUUCUUUACUUUCCUCCUUCAUUUUCCUUACUCAUUCUUGUUUGCGCACACUACUCUUACCAAUCCUUAUACAUAUAUCAACUUGAUAAAAAUGAAUUUUAAACGAUAUUGGGAUUAUCUUUUGCACUUUUUCGCUUCCACACUUGCUUUUCUUCUCUAUAAUAAUCUGGGUAACUAUAGCAUGCGAAAAAACGUUUGAUUAGCUGUGUAUUUAAAGCAAAUGCAUGUAUCUUAGCUGCAAGUUUGAUUAGUUUGUUUUCACAAUGCUUUCAAAGUUGUUUUUCAUUUCUUUACUUUCCUCCUUCAUUUUCCUUACUCAUUCUUGUCUUGACCAUCAAAAAACCUUGUUGCUUCAACUCAAGGAUGAGUUGAGCUUCAAUUCUUCUCUUUCAACAAAAUUGGUGCGAUGGAAUGAAAGGGAUGAGUGCUGCAAGUGGCCCGGUGUGGCAUGUGAUGCUGCUGGCUACGUCGUUAGUUUGCAGCUCCAUAAUGAGUCCAUUUCUGGUGGAAUCGCGGAUUCAUCGAGUCUCUUCAGACUUGAAUAUCUAGAGAAUCUUAACCUGGCCUACAAUAAGUUCAACUACACUCCCAUUCCGAAAGGUAUUCACAAUCUCACCUAUUUGACACACUUGAAUUUAUCCAAUGCUGGAUUUGGUGGGCAGGUUCCACUCCAACUUUCCUUCUUGAGAAGAUUGGUUUGUCUCGAUAUCUCCAAUUGGGAUUUUGGAGCUCUAAGUAUUGAGUACCCAAAUCUGGAGAUGCUUCUCCCAAAUCUAACAGGGCUUCGAGAGCUCUAUCUUGAUGGUGUCAAAGUUACUUCCUCUCAUGAGAGGAGAAAAUGGAGCCACAUUAUAUCAUCAUAUUUACCCAACCUCACUGCGUUGAGCUUGCGUGGUUGUGGUUUAUCUGGCCCUUUAGCUAAGUCCUUUGGGCAACUCCAUUCCCUUUCCUUCCUUCGACUAAAUUAUAACGAUCUUGGACCAGAACUUCCAGACUUGUUCGCCAAUUUUCCAACUUUGACCACUUUGUCUCUUCGUGGCUGCAAUUUGAAGGGUUCGAUUCCAUCCACCUUUGCUAACCUAACCAAGCUGAUUCGUGUCGAUUUGUCAGGCAAUUCAUUAUCUGGUAACAUUCCCCACUCUCUCUUUGCUCUCCCUUCAUUGUUGGAACUUGAUCUUAGCUACAAUCAAUUUAGUGACACUUUCCAACUGGACAACUUUCGAAAUCUUGCCAAUCUAACCCGACUUGAUCUAUCUCACAAUCGAUUGUCAGUAGAUGUUGGCAACCUCAAUUCAACUUCAUAUGGAAGUCUCCAACUAAAAGAGUUAAGUCUAGCUUCAUGUAAUUUGUCCCAUUUUCCUAAUUUCAUCAAAUAUUUGGAUAUGGAACAACUGGAUCUCUCAGAGAAUCGGAUUGGUGGGGAGAUACCUAUUUGGAUUUGGGGAACACAGCUUCAGUAUUUGGACCUCUCUUCUAAUCUUCUAACAGAUCUGCAAAAGCCUUACCAUAUCCCUGCUUCUCUUGAAGAGCUAUACUUGGACUCUAACCAGCUCAAGGGUGAGUUGCACUUGCUCAUUCCAUCUGCGUCUCAACUCUGGUACUUGUCUCUUGCUAAUAACAGUUUAAGUGGAUCGAUUUCAACCUCCCUCUGCAGUGCCACACAACUCAAUACUCUCGACUUGUCUGGCAAUAAAUUAAGUGGCAACAUACCACCAUGCCUACUUGAAAACAUUUCAGGAUUAGAUCUACGGCAAAAUAACAUUAGCGGUAGCAUUCCAGAUAAUUUUCCAAUGGAUUGUAGGCUAGAAUAUUUGGAUGUUAACAAUAAUACUUUAGAAGGGAAAAUCCCGAAGUCCCUCCAAGGUUGUUGGAGGUUGCAGUUCUUGAAUGUUGGGAACAACAACAUCAACGACACUUUCCCAUGCAUGCUAUCAUCCAUGUUGGGACUGUAUGGUCUUGUUUUGCGUUCCAACAGAUUCCAUGGAGAAGUGACAUGUCACACAAGCUGGCCACAGCUUCAAAUUAUAGAUAUAUCUUCAAAUAAUUUCAGUGGAUCUCUGGAAUCAAUAAACUUCUCUAGUUGGAGAUCAAUGGUGUUCAAAGACAUUAAUGGCUACUACCCACGGUCCAUCUCACUAACCAUUAAAGGGCAUUUCGUUGAGCUUGAUAAGAUUUGGGUAGACUUUGGUACCAUUGAUUUCUCUUGCAAUAAUUUUGAAGGAGAGAUACCAAAUGCAAUUGGUGAUUUUGGCUCACUUCAUCAGCUCAACUUCUCCCACAAUGCCCUCAAUGGAAGCAUCCCAAACUCAUUUGGUCAAUUGAGGAACCUCGAAUCUCUCGAUCUCUCUGGAAACCGACUGACGGGGCUGAUCCCGGUGGAGCUUGCAGGCCUCACAUUCCUUUCAUCUUUGAAUCUGUCCUUCAAUAAGCUGGUUGGAGAGAUCCCAAAUGGGCGUCAAUUUCAAACAUUUUCAGCUGAUUCCUUCAAAGGAAAUGCAAGGUUGUGUGGUUUCAAUCUCAACAUAAGCUGCAGUCAUACUGAUGGCAGUGAUCAUUUGUCGCCACAAGACGAUGAAAAUGGGGAAGAUCAGAAGAGUGAGAUAGAGUGGGAAUACGUGUGUGCUGCAGUUGGAUAUGUUGUGGGCUUAGGAAUCAUUGUCUGGUUACUUCUUUUCUGCCGAAGCUUCAAAGAAAGAUAUUUCGAGAAAAUAGAAGAGGUUGUUGACAAGAUUUUCUACGAGAGAGCGAGGAAAAGAAGGCAUGAAAGAAGAAGGAAAAGAGUAGAGAUGAGAAAAGAGAUUAGGAGACAGCAGCGAAGUUGAUGAUAUGCAAUUUAGAUACUUUAUAAUAAACAAGGGUGUUUAGGGUUUGAUGUGAGUGUGAAUGUUUUGUUCCGCUGUUUUUUGUUUUUUUGUUGUCUUUGGGCAUGUAAAAGAGAUUCUGUGUGUUGGUAACUAUGUCAUUUAAUUUUACGAGAAUUAGCAUAAAA